AUGCGAUUCACAAACUUGGCUCUGACCCUAGCUGCGGCUUUCUCUGUUGCCAAUGCGUACGCCAUCACUGCCAGUGUUGCCAACUGCCGUACUGGUCCCUCGACGAGCAAUGCAGUUGUCACGACAUACAAAAAAGGUGCCGAUGUCAAGAUCACAUGCCAGACUUAUGGCGAAAACAUUCAGGGAAACUCUAUCUGGGACAAGACAUCUGACGGCUGCUACGUUGCCGACUACUAUGUGAAGACCGGCUCAAACAGCAUGGUCACCAAGGACUGUAACGGUGGCAGCUCUGGCACCGGCAGCUCUUCCUACAAGGGCAAGAUCAGUCGCAAGGAGAUCAUUUCCCGCGGUCAGUUCUGGGUCUCCCGCCACAUCCCAUACUCCAUGAACGCCGAAUACCCGGACCCCCAAGGCCGCAAAUACCGCACAGACUGCUCGGGCUUCGUCAGCAUGGCUUUCCAUGCGUAUGCGCCAGGAUAUAACACCGUGAGCCUCCCGGAUAUUGCCAAGUCCAUCUCGUGGAGCGACCUCCGGCCUGGUGACUUUGUUGGAACCCUAGGCGCUGGUACUGGCGGUGCUGCUGGCCAUGUCACUCUGUUCACUUCGUGGGCCGACAGUUCCAAGAAGGAGUACAAUACGCUUGAGUGCCGCGGUACGUACGGCUGCGUUGCGUACAGGCGCCCUGUUGGUUGGAAGGUUGGAAGUUUCACGGCCAAGCCCUACAGGUACAUCCACGUUGUGGACUAA